AUGAAAACCCUCCAGGCUCUAUUUCUCCUGGCUGCAGGCCUCUCUCUAGCCCACUCUCUGGACUACAAGGCUCUGAACCAGUUUCGGAACAUGAUCCUGUGUGUGAUGCCUGACAGCUGGCCCGUGUUGGACUACGCUGACUACGGCUGCUACUGUGGGAAGGGAGGAUCAGGGACACCAGUGGAUGAACUGGACAGGUGCUGCCAGGUCCAUGACCAGUGUUACACUGAUGCCAUGCAGCAUCCUGAGUGUUGGCCCAUUUUUGAUAAUCCCUACACUGAGCUCUAUCACUACGACUGUGACGAGAAAAACAAGAAGGUCACCUGUGGCCAAAAGAACGACGAGUGUGAGAUGUUCAUCUGUGAGUGUGACAGGAAGGCCGCCGAGUGUUUCGCCAAAGCUCCGUGGAACCCCGAACACGAGCACCUUCCCGGCCACCACUGUGAUUAAAACCAACAACAGCAUCCAAUUAGGAAUUCAUACUAUGACAUGACAUAUCAUUAUUCUUUUAAUUCUCACAAGUGACAAAUCUAUUUGCUGGGGAGCCUUGGUGUAGUAGAAAU